GCAGGUGCGCGUCGAAGCCGUCCGUCCGCGUCCGAGUCCGUAGAGUCCGCGCCCACAGCACGCCACGGCCCGCGCGCGCCGCGCCCCGCGCCUCCAGGUGCCCGAAGUCGACAUGCUGUCAAGUCCACGACGACCAAGCUCGUCCCCGUCGAGGUAAUGGCGUGCGGCCGGCCCUGCCCGCCGCUGUCCUACUGCCAUGAGGCGUCCAACACCUGCAAGGCGUGCGCCACCAUCUGCGACGCCGCGCGCCCCAGCCAGUACGAGCCCGCGCUGUGCCACGACCUGUGCCGGGAAUACUUGUACGAGCAGCUGAAGACGACAUACUCCGUCGAUGGCACGGCGCGAGUCCUCGGCUGGGCCGGGCUCGGCCUCUCCGUGCUGGCCAUCCUCGUGGUGCUGGCAGUGGUCGGACUCGCGUACCACUACGUGCUGCGGCGGCCGAGGAGGCUGCUCAACUUCCUGCACUCUAGGGUGGACGUCGAGACCACCCCGGACAUGAAAGCCAAGAUGUCCACCAACAACAACAAGCACAGCAUGCCGGACAUCGGGCGCGACCUCAACAGCUCGGUGCACACGGUGCACACGGUGUCGGGCAGCGUGUCCGAGUCGGAGCGGCUGCACGGCACGACCAGCACGCUGGCCGCCACGCAGUGCACGCAGCCCUCGCCCACCGGGAUGACGCUGCCCUUCGGCAUGGCCGCGCUGCCGGCGAUGCCGCCCCCGCCGCCGGCGCGCCACCCCUCCGAGGACUCGACGCUGGACUACGCCGCCUACGACAACCCCGGGCUGUCGCCGUCCAGCUCGCCGCUGCCGCCCAGCGCGGGCUCCGGCACCGCGCACCCCGCGCACGGCAAGGCCAUGGACGCCGUGCUCGACGCCGUGGUCACGCUGCCAGGCGCCGUGACCCAGCUCCGCGCCAACCACUACGCGCUCAACGACUUGAACAACGGGCCCAGGAUGGAGAGCAGCUUCUGAGGGGCCUCUUGAGUUUGGUUUGUUGCAGUAUUGUUGUUCAAAUCUCAGUUUCACUGAAAACUCUAUUUAUGCCAUUUAGUCGAAUCUGCCCUUCCAUUAGUUCCGAAGCAUGUUCAACAUGUUGAGGUCGGCUGAAUUCUGGAAUCAGCAGUAGGCACGUCAUCGAGUUGGUGGAAUAGAGCUAAAAGUCUGAUAUUUUUAUAGCAAUAGUUAUGUAUUAGAAAUCACAGGUGUAACUAGUCUUGCUCAAAGUGGUGUUUUCCCCUAGUCCGGGGAGCAGUGGUCAUCAUUAGCUUCGUGAACAGGCAAUCAGCACGCCGCGCGCGUUGCCAGAUUUGCCUAACCAGCGCGGGGUCUCGGCCCGAUCAGUCUAAAGCUAUCAUCAUCAGCGCUGCUAGGCCUAUGCAGACCUCUAGCGGUUCGAGUUUCGAGUCAGCAAGACACUCCGACCUAACGCAGCCUCUGCGCAACCGGCCGGAAAAAAAUUGACGCGUCGUUACCCGCACCCGAGAGACUCUCGAUGCCUUUUGGACAGUUUUGCGCGUGGCCUUACUUUGUCAAGUGAAUGAUAAUUUUAUUUGUUCAAUGAUUAUUUUCUGUACUUGUUGAUAUUGAUAAAAGUAUUAAUCCAGGACUAUUGCUCUUAUUGCAAUUUCGGAUGUUCAAAAGAAACUCGUUUUUAAUUUUAGAUAUAAUUGCGCAAGGAGACCAGCAUGCAAGGUCAUUGUGAUAUUAGUAAAUAAGAUGAAAUACUACUGGGAAAAACAAUUCUUUCCCACCUUAUCAUGUUUUUGUUGUGUGGAACAGAAUCAGCACACAGCAAACUAUCCUGCCAUCAAGAUUUUUCCCUCAUCUAAGAAUGUGUUAAUAGCCAGUAUUCCUGUUAUUGUUGUUCACGCACUCCUUGUAUUUGGUUGUGAAGAUAUUACAUGCAUUUUGCUCUGAAUGCAGCAGACUGAGCACAAUUACUGUCCAUGCCAACAUUAAGUGCUGCCUGUGUUCAAAACAUGAUAGGUAAGAUUCCACAUAAGCAGCUAGAAGACAAUUAAUUAUUUGUUGCAUUUAAUAAAAUCCCAUGUUGAAGA